CGGCCCCGCCCCCCGAAGUUUCUUGGGCCCCGGGCGGCCGGCGGGACAGAAGACAGCGAGCCGCCGCCCGGCUGCACAUAGAUGGGGCAAGUGGAGCCCGCGCGGCGCGGGCAGCAGUAAGCGGCUGAACGGCCGGACCGCAGGGACUCGCCAUGGAGGAGGAGAGUAUGAAGGAGGGGAGCGACAAGCCUCGUGGAGCACGGACUGCAGACAAGGCUGGCUGGAUCAAGAAGAGCAGUGGGGGGCUCCUGAGUUUAUGGAAAGACCGCUACCUGCUUCUCUGUCAAGCCCAGCUGCUGGUCUAUGAGAAUGAGGAUGAGCAGAAAUGUGUAGAGACCGUGGAACUUGGAAGCUAUGAGAGGUGUCAGGACCUCCGAGCUGUCCUCAAACGGAAGCACCGCUUUAUCCUGCUGCGAUCACCAGGGAACAAGGUCAGUGACAUCAAAUUCCAGGCGCCCAGUGGGGAAGAAAAGGAAUCCUGGAUCAAAGCCCUCAAUGAAGGGAUCAACAGAGGCAAAAACAAGGCUUUUGAUGAGGUAAAAGUAGACAAGACCUGCGCCCUCGAGCACGUGACACGGAACCGGGUACGUGGGGGCCAGCGGCGCCGGCCACCAACAAGAAUCCACUUAAAGGAGGUAGCCAGUGCAGCUUCUGAUGGGCUUUUGCGCCUGGACCUGGAUGUCCCAGACAGUGGACCACCAGUGUUUGCCCCUGUCAAUGAUGUCAGUGAGACCCAGCCCCAGGAGCCACCUCGGGCUCUCAUGCCUCCUGUCAAGCCUUCCCCAGUUCCAGAGACUUGCAGCACUGAUGACAGCAUGGAGAUUACUGCAGGAGAGAGAGCCCCAACUCCUGUCUCAGCAAGGCCUGAGGUCAAACCUGAGAGUGAAGAGGAGGCAGAGACCCCAGCGGAGGGAGACAGUGACUCUAAGAGGCUCCCCAACAGCACAUUGUCUGAGAAACUGAAGGUGAGCUGGGAGAACUCCAGCCCAGAGGAGGCUGCUGCUCUUGAGAGUGCACAGCUGCCCAAGGUGCCCUCUUCGGAGACCCCAGAGGCUGCCCCCAGGGAGAGCAGAAAGCCCCCGGCACCCCCUCCCAAGAUCCUAUCAGAGAAGAUGAAGGCCUGUAUGGGUGGGAUGGAUGCUUCCACUACGCCAGGCUCAACACAGGUGUCUGUGAAUGGCAUGGAUGACGGUCCCGAGUCUGCCAUACCAUCCCAGGCCAUGGGCACCCCUGGAACUGCCCCAGAGGAUUCAUCAGCAUCCCCAGCACUGCCCUCCUGGGACUUGCCAUCCCAGUUUUAUCCUCGCUCCUCUUCCCUGGGGGACCUACUCAGAGACAGGCCCCAGCAUCCGCGGCUGCCCAAGGAAAAGUUGUAUCGGGCCCAGCUGGAAGUGAAGGUGGCCUCCAAACAGACAGAGCAGUUGUUGAACCAGGUGCUGGGCAGCGAACCACAACCUGUGUGUGCUGAGUCGUUGCUCAGCCAGGCUGUGGAGCAGCUGAGGCAGGCCACCCAGGUCCUGCAGGAAAUGAGGGAUUUGGGAGAGCUAAACCAAGAAACACCUGGCCUAGUGCAGAAUCGGAAGGAGCUGGUGACCCUCUACAGGAGAAGUGCACCCUAGGCCUGCCAAGCCCAAGGCACAAACUCACCUUCCCAAGUCACUGCCCAGCCAGCUUUGCUGAGAAAUGAGCUACAGCCCAGGCUGUAGACACACCAUUUGAGACAUCCAGUUUGGCCAGGACUUAAAGCUCCUGAUGUCCUUUCUACCUUACCCUGGCUCUUGGUGCCAGGUAUCACCUGGGGCUGUUCUGGCCUCUUUUCUAGGCUCUGGGCUUGGGAUGGAUCACAUGCUCCUGUGGUCUAUGUGGUUACUGCAAACUGCCCCAGGACUUUGGCACUGUGCUUGGAGUUUCCGGGAUGGCAUCAUCUCUGUCCUCACCCCCAAUAGUUUACAUUCCUGACUUCUGUGGAGAGCACAGCUGAGCUGCCUGAGGCUCCCAUCUCCUAGUCAUCAGGCAGCUUCCAAGGUGCCACACCCACUUAUUAUGAGCAGCUCUAGGGGCCUUGGGUCCAGGCUGUGGGCUCAUCUGUCAGCUGAGUGAAAUCUGGCCCUUAGCUGGAGCCUAAAGAUGGGCAAGCUUCUGGGUGAAGGAGCCAUUUGCUCUGUGUGUUGAGCCUUCUGCAAACCACAGAUCUUUCCCACAGUGUCCCUUCCCCUUUGGAGAACUGUGAUUAGAUAGAUGGUCAGAUCUCAAGGUUUUCAGGGCAGAAGAGGAACCCCAACCUCCUGGUGCAGUCUCUGCUCCUGGGCUAGCUUCUGUCCAGCCUUGCACAUUCCUAAAGACGAAAACCCUAGAGUGGCCCGUGUUACCAUCUGGAAAACCUAUAUGUAAUUAUCAUUAAUCAACCUUUUGAGUCUCUGCCCCCACCCCCGCCUUCUGUGCCUCCCAGAUGGGAUUUAUCUGGGUCUCUAUGAAGUUCUUCCUCAGCUGAGACAGCUCUGAUAUCCACCCUCUUCCCUUCACCUGCUGGAGUCUGUGGCUACAACCCACCUAUCAGGCCCCUGGCGGGCUGCCCCUCCUUAGCUUCUUAAUGAGAGGAGUGGUUUCUCCCCCCUCCCCUCCUCCCUCCUUCCCCUCUCCCCUCCCCUCCUCCUUUCCCUCCCCCCUUCCCCAUUGUCUCUGGCUCUCUGGGCCCCCCUAGAGUCUCCAACCCACUGCAGCAGCCGGCAGGACUGAGGCUGGAGUCUGGGCUGCAGCACUGGGGGAGGAGGAACCCUCACAUAGGAUUUGCAUGUGCACUUUUGUUUACUGGAAGAGAAGGGAGGGUCACAGCAGCCAGUGGCUUUUCCACUCACCCUGCUCCCAGCCGCCAGUUGUGCCCACCAAAGCCUGCCAGCCAGGGCAGGUUAAUGCCUUCAUUACUGUACUGUCACUUUCUUGCUGUGGGUAGUAGGCAGUGGCAGAGUAAACAGCAAUGUCUGGCUACUGAGCCUCCCACUAUCAGCCUCAAACCACACUCCUUGGGCUCUUAUGCCAGCCUGCCUUACCCUCCAUCUCAAGAGCAAGAAUGUCUUCAGGUGUCUGUCCAGUCCUGAUCUCUGCCAUCUUCCCUUGGGAACAAUCGUCCCCUAUAGCAGCAAGGGCUGCUGGAUUUCUGCCAAGUCACCUGCUUCCAGGGAUUAGAGCCCCAGUCUGUGCUGUCAAGUGACUAGUUGGGCAAGCAGUCUUGGGGCAACUGUCUUAAUGGCCAAAUGUCAUUGGUUCCCUUGCUGGAGAGGUGGGUUGAGGAUGGGGACUGCACAGGACUGCCUCCAUGUCACUGUGGAAGGAGGCAACCAGUGUCUUCUGCUUAUGAACCAUCUUUCUUGAAAUUUGGCAAUAAAUUUCAUUUUAUGGAA